CGUGAGCUUUCCUCUCUCCUGUGUCUAUCCUCUGGGGACAGAGAGCAGUCUGAAUGUGGCCAUCAGACCCUACCUACUGAAUAGUCGUGGAGCUGUUGGAGUCGGUGCCAAGGCCAGAGCCUCCAUGUUUCUGUAUCGUAACUCCAACUACACAGAGUCUUACCCAGCUGGUGAAGUCCUCCUGCCGAUUGGUUCCACUCUGCGCGUGGGCGUGUCCGUAGAGGAGUCCGGGAUGGAGCGUUUUGUUGUUGUUCUAAGGGACUGCUAUGCCAACCAAUCCCCCAACCCUGAUAAUCUCCCGCGGACCUACAUGAUUCAGGACAGGUCCAUGACUCUAUUCAUCAGCUGUUUGCAUGUCUAUGUGUGUUUGUUUUGUGUGUGAAGUAUGGUAUGUUUGUUGCUGUGUACGGUCUGUGUAGCCCUGCAUGCCUUGAACCCUUUGCUGUUUCUUGGCUCUUCUCCCAGGUGUCCUACAAAUCAUACCCAGGUGACCGUGGAGGAAAGCGGCUCGUCCCUCAGGGCUCGCUUCUCUGCUGCGUUGCAGGUGGACUACCGUUACUUCUUCCUGCACUGCAGCCUCAGCCUGUGUGACCAGAGGAGCUCCUCCUGCACUCCAGUGUGCUCUGGAAGGAAAUCUCGCUCUGUGUCUGAUACUGUCCUCCUCAAGCCCAUAGCCAUCGGGCCAAUCAGCUGGGCCCAGAGCCUGGAGUGAGCCUUGGGACCCCCAGCAUAUGAAGGAUGGCAGGGGGCCAGAGUCUGGAGUGAGCCUUGGGACCCCCAGCAUAUGAAGGAUGGGUUCCCUCCUGCACUACUCCCCUGAUCUCCAUCCCAACCUACAGCCCAGUGUAACUUUCAA